CUGCAUUUAAAAGUUGGCCAUUCAUCGGCAGAAGCUCUUUACGUUGCUGCUUCAUCAAAAAAUGAGUUCCUGAAAACGCCAUUGCCGUACAUUUUGCCAUACCUAAAAGCGCACGAUAAGCAAGCGUAUUUGGUGAAGCGGUGCCGCGAUUUGGCCGCUGAUUUAUGCAUGAAAAAUUAUCACUGGCAGGGUGGAGGAAGUGAACCAGUGGAACGUAAAGACGGUUAG